GGGAGAUCCGAUAUUGGUGCCCCGAAUCCAAAGGACAACCAUUCCCUCACCUACCAAAAUGCCAAUCUCUUUAUAAAUUACAAACACAGUGCCAAUUCUUUUCUCUCAAAUCUCCAAAAUUCCAAUUUACAGAAUCAAACUAAACAAAAUCAUUCAAACAAUUUUAACAUCAUUCAAGAUCAAUAAUGGCUGAUGAUGAUCCACAGGACAAGGCUGAGCGCGAGCGAAUCUUCAAGCGCUUCGACGCCAAUGGCGAUGGCAAAAUCUCUGCAUCGGAGCUCGGGGAUGCCUUGAAGGGUCUCGGCUCUGUUACGACUGAUGAAAUUAAGCGAAUGAUGGUGGAGAUCGAUACGGAUGGCGAUGGUUACAUUUCUUUCGAGGAAUUCACUGCUUUUGCCCGCGCCAACCGGGGCCUUGUCAAGGAUGUUGCCAAAAUUUUUUAAAUCUCUCCAUUCAAAAAAAAAAAUAAAAAAUUCUCAAAUCAGAAAUUGUUUGUGGUAGUGCUAACAUGUUGCAUAAUAAAAAUUCUCAAACUAGGAUGGUCACCACCUCAUCUACCUACUUUCUUUGUAAUUUAAAUCAUGUACUUGUGCUCCAUUUGAAGCUGUAACGGUCUUUCUUUCUUUAUAUUAUUGUACUCAAAACCAAUUUUCAGAUCAUUGUGAUUGUCGUUAUUUGUUGUGCUUUGGAUCAACAGAUUGGCCCUAUCUAAUCAAGAAAAUUUUACUCCC